GAUGGAAAUGUAGGAGCUGUAGUUGUGAGUCUCCUAGUAGUAUCUGGUAAUGUAGGAGUUGCAGCAGUGGAUCUCGUAGUAGCAUAUGGUAAUGUAGGAUCUGUAGCUGUUGGAGGUCUCGUAGCAGUAGCUGGUAAUGUAGGAGCUGUAGUUGUGAGUCUCCUAGUAGUAGUUGCAGUAGAUGGAAAUGUAGGAGCUGUAGUUGUGAGUCUCGUAGUAGUAUAUGAUGAUGUAGGAACUGUAGUUGUUGUGGGUCUCGUAGUAGUAGAUGAAAAUGUAGGAGCUGUAGUUGUUGUGAAUCUCGUAAUAGUAGAUGGUAAUGUAGGAGCUGUAGUUGUUGUGGGUUUCGUAGUAGUAGUUAGCAAUGUAGGAGCUGUAGGAGCUGUAGUUGUUGUGGGUCUCGUAAUAGUAGAUGGUAAUGUAGGAGCUGUAGUUGUUGUGAAUCUCGUAAUAGUAGAUGCAGUAGGUGGAAAUGUAGGAGCUGUAGUUGUGAGUCUUCUAGUAGUAGUUGGUAAUGUAAGAGCUGUAGCUGUUGUAGGUCUCGCAGCAGUAGAUGGAAAAGUAGGAGCUGUAGUUAUUGUGAGUCUCGUAAUAGUAGAUGGUAAUUUAGGAGCUGUAGUUGUUGUGGGUCUCGUAGUAGUAGUUAGCAAUGUAGGAGCUGUAGGAGCUGUAGUUGUUGUGGGUCCCGUAGAAGUAGAUGGAAAUAUAGGAGCUGUAGUUGUGGGUCUCGUAGUAGUAGAUGGCAAUGUAGGAGCUGUAGGAGUUGUAGUUGUUGUGGGUCCCGUAGCAGUAGAUGGGAAUAUAGGAGCUGUAGUUGUGGGUCUCGUAGUAGUAGAUGGCAAUGUAGGAGCUGCAGUUGUUGUGAGUCGCAUAGCAGUAGAUGGAAAUGUAGGAGCUGUAGUUGUUAUGGGUCUCGUCGUAGUAGUUAGCAAUGUAGGAACUGUAGGAGCUGUAGUUGUUCUGAGUCGCAUAGCAGAAGAUGGAAAUGUAAAAGUUGUAGUUGUGAGUCUCCUA